ACCAUAGUGAGCGAAUCUCCCUUGUAUCCCAACACUCAUGCUCACUUUCUCCACCCACCCACUUUCUGAAAUAGUGGUGUGAUCUAUUUAGGGCAGUCCCGAUACAGUGUACAGUUUUCGCCCAGCACAGUCAACCUGCAGGGCACUGGAAUGCAAAGACUUUAGCCCACACAAAGGGGAGAGGAAACAGAGUGAGCACUGAGAGUCUGAAGACCUGACAACCUACAUGCCUCGAUGGGGAACACCAGUUUUACGGAAGGGAAGACUGCCCUGUCUGUGGGUGGCUCUUCAAUAGCCAGGGGAAAGACUUCCAUCACAAUGGGCAAGUCCUCCAUCACCCGUGGGGUCACCACUACCUCUAUGGGCGACUCUACCAUUACCAGAGGCAAAACCAUCAUCUCCCUGGGCAGAGCCAGCUUCAGCCGAGGCAAAACUACAACCUCCUUCCGUAAGGCCUUCAUGCCCAAGCGCAGGACCAAAUAGAUGGAAAAGAGAUCGGCAUACGCUGAAACAAAGAGCAAGACUUCAACGGCAAGGAAGAGAACUGAGAAGGAUGAGACAACAGAUUUAGAGAAAGAGGAAGACUCAAAAGCCUCAAAAGGAAAGGCUUCUCUUUUACUGAGAAAGACUUGCUUUACAAAAGGAAAAAUCAGACUGAUGAAAAGCAAAAAGGCCAUCUCAUGGGGGAAGACGCUUCUUUCGAGGAGCAAGACCAAACUGAGGAAGGGAGAAACUGCAUUUGUGGUGGGUACAACUACAAUCACUCAUGGGGAGACUACUAGUUCUUUGAGCAGGGCCACUUUAAGUCAAGGGGAGAAGUCUGUCACUGUAGUUAAGACUUCCCUCAAAAGAGGCAAAGAAAAGCAAUGGAAUCUCUACUGGGAUUUUCAUCUAUGACUUAGAGACACAAAUGUAACAGCAAACAGUAUACGUACAGUGUAUGUGUAUAUUUCCAGAAAGACUGACUUUGAAGUAGAGGGUUCAAGAAGGUUGGAUGUCUUGUGAGAUGCAAGUGUUUGCCAGCUUGCCCUAGAAUGGCACACAAAUGCAUUCUAAAGGGCAAAACGAAGUGUAUGUGUACUAUAAAUUAGCUUGGAAUAAGAAUGAUGUCUUUGUCUCUGAAGGAGAAUGCAGUUGAUUUGAAGAUAAAGACUUGUACAAGAAAAUAUGUUUAUAUAUCAGAUGCCAAUCUGGUGUACAUGAAGAGAACAUGCAUGCAUGCGUGAGGGUGUGCACUGCCUCAAUUGAAAAGGCUCUUAUUGUUCACAUGCAGAAGGGUUUGAGUUGGAUGAUCCAGAUCUGGGAUUCUGUUUUGCAAGUGGAAUUUUGUUAAUCAGUUAAACAAAACUAACCAAGUCAUAGUAAAAUGUUUAUGAAAUUAAUUGAAAUUAAAAUGUGCCUUGUUAACGGAUCUCUUAAUCUUGCAUUAAAUGUAAAAAAUAUCAAGCAGUAUAACAGUGAAUUAAGUCAGAAUUGUCAAUAAAUAGACCUUUAAAAUGGUUCAACAUUCUAUGUGUUUCUCUUUAACAUAUCAGGGGGUUCUUAAGCAGGGCACACACUCACCAGAAAGUAUGAUAUGAUCCCAGUCGUAUCUUGUGUUAAAGCCACAGCACACUGUGCUGCUAUUCUUAUGUCAGACUGCACAAUCAUAGCCAAGACAUUCAGGCAUAACUAAAUUGACUACACAUUUUGGGGAUCUGACAUAUGAAACACAGGAAAGUGGACUACAUCCUUGUGUUUCAGCCU